GUGUAACACAAGCCACUGUGGCAGGGCAUGUUUCUAGGAGCCCCGUGAGAGUGUGCAGAGAGAAGCAGGAAACCUUGCAGACACAUGAAGCCUUCAACCAUCUGGAACUCAGAAACUCGACUGGAACUGACUGUGGCUUCUAGACCGUCCAGGUGUUCUGCAGAUGUGAAAAUUUAUCCCGCACUCGCCAGCUGGAGCCUCGAAUAGAUGCAAGGCUUGUGCUCCGGCUCUCACAUCUCUGAGCACAGAGGGGUCAUUUCCUAAGUGGCCAAAGAGCAGUUGUUGACACUGAGGUCUGAUUGCCGCACACGACCCGUCACCUUACGGGGCUGUGCUGGAGAAAGUCAAGUUCAGGGUUGUGCGUUUCCCGACUCUCUUGAAUCAGGAUUCCAAACGGGGGCCUCAUUUCUGUAGCGCCCACCAUCCCUGUGGGCAUCACCACCACCACCGUCACCACCAGCAGCUUCUUGCAAACUCCACCACUGCAUCACUCCACACAGCUGGAAUCCUCCCCUGAUCGCCAUGGCCGGGCCUUUCCUAAAGGUUUUGUUGGUGGGGGUGAGUUUCCUGGGAUGUCUUUAUCCUCUCGUGGAUUUUAGCUUCAGUGGGGAAACAAGAGACCAGAAACCGAAUUUCGUGAUCAUUUUGGCAGAUGACAUGGGGUGGGGUGACCUGGGAGCAAACUGGGCAGAAACGAAGGACACUGCCAACCUUGAUAAGAUGGCUGCAGAAGGAAUGAGGUUUGUGGAUUUCCACGCGGCCGCGUCCACCUGUUCGCCUUCCCGGGCCGCGCUGCUCACCGGCCGGCUCGGCCGCCGCAACGGCGUCCCUCGCAACUUCGCAGUCACCUCUGUGGGGGGCCUUCCACUCAACGAGACCACCUUGGCCGAAGUGCUGCAGCGGGCUGGCUACGUCACUGGGUUGAUUGGCAAGUGGCAUCUUGGGCACCAUGGCUCUUAUCACCCCAACUUCCGUGGGUUUGAUUACUACUUUGGAAUCCCAUACAGCCAUGACAUGGGCUGCACUGAUACCCCCGGCUACAACCACCCCCCUUGCCCGGCAUGUCCACGGGGCGGUAGACCGUCAAGGAACCUUGAGAAGGACUGUUACUCUGACGUGGCCCUUCCUCUCUAUGAAAACCUCAACAUUGUGGAGCAGCCCGUGAACUUGAGCAGCCUCGCUCAGAAGUAUGCCGAGAAGGCUACCCAGUUCAUCCAGCGGGCGAGUGCCAGCGGAAGACCCUUCCUGCUCUACGUGGGCCUGGCCCACAUGCAUGUGCCCUUGUCCAGGAACCUGCUGUCAGCGGAACCCGGGGGUCGAAGGCCGUACAGCGCGGCUCUCCGGGAGAUGGACAGCCUCGUGGGCCAGAUCAAGGACAAAGUUGACCUCACAGCUCAAAACAACACAUUCCUCUGGUUUACAGGAGACAAUGGCCCGUGGGCUCAGAAGUGUGAGCUGGCAGGGAGCAUGGGGCCCUUCACUGGAUCGUGGCAAACUCGUCAAGGGGGAAGUCCAGCCAAGCAGACCACCUGGGAAGGAGGACACCGUGUCCCGGCUCUGGCUUACUGGCCCGGCAGAGUCCCCGUCAAUGUCACCAGCACUGCUUUGCUAAGCGUGCUGGACAUCUUCCCCACCGUGGUGGCCCUGGCUGGCGCCAGCCUGCCCCGAGGCCGACACUUUGACGGUCUGGAUGCCUCGGAGGUGCUGUUCGGCAGGGCGCAGGCUGGGCACAGGGUGCUGUUUCACCCCAACAGUGGGGCAGCCGGAGAGGACGGAGCCCUUCAGACUGUCCGCCUGGAGCGGUACAAGGCCUUCUUCGUCACCGGUGGGGCCAGAGCCUGCGAUGGCAGCGUCGGGCCCGAGUGGCACCACGAGCCCCCCCUCAUCUUUAACCUGGACGGUGAUGUGGCAGAAGCCGCGCCUCUGGAACGGGGUAGUGCCGAGUACCAGAGGGUGCUGCCCGAGGUCAGAGCGGCUCUCUCGGGGGUCCUUGAAGACAUUGCCGGCGACAGCAUCUCCCGGGCGGAUUACAGUCAGGACCCUUCCGUGGCUCCCUGCUGUAAUCCCCACCAAACCGCUUGCCGCUGCCAGGCCGCGUGACGGAAAUACCGGGAAGCGAGACGGGCGGGUUCGCAUCCCGACUGCGGUUUUGCCCACUUCGCAGUGAUGUGUGCUUUAAAAAUAAGGCUCAGAAGUUUGUUUUGAAGCCACCACUCCGUGUCCCCCCCCACCCCGUCCCUUCUGCGUGCCAGCUUGAGGGCAUGCCGAGCCCGAGCUGUAAGAAAAGGCACCUGGGCUUUGGAGUCAGGAGUCAGACCAGGUCCAAGCCCCAGCUUUUGAACUUGGGCAAUUAUUUAACCUAACCCGCAGGCUGAUCUUGAGGAUGAAACAGGUGAUACGUGAAAGCGCCUGCCUGGCACGUGACGUGACACCGAGCAGGCACUCGAUACGUUUUGGUUGCCGUUUUUUUUUAACACGCGCCCAGUUUUGCCGGUCAUUUGAACAGAGGCGCAUCCCGGCUGGCAUCUAGAGCAGCACCUCCCACUCUGACCAGGUGGGCUGGGGGGCCUGAGGGGCUCUGUGUCUGGGAAGCUCCCCAGGGGGAUGCUGUGAGCAGCACGAGGGGUGCAGACCUGACAAGGUGAGAACUGCUUCCAGGUCACGAGCAGCAGGGCCCACAGAGGUCCGCGGCCCUACCCACCUGCCACCACCCCGUGCGACAGGUCAAACGGCUGUAUUUUAAAGAUUUUAGGGGUGCUUCCUGCUUUCUG